AUGUUCGGGCCACGGUAUCUGACCACUCUCAACGCCCUGCGCCCUCGUGUCAGCUUUACAUGGCAGAGCCAGGUCCCAGGAUUCAUCUCGUCUCCCUCUCUGAAGACUGUGGCCGACUCUAGCCAUGGGGCUCUCUCCCCAGUGCCCCCAGCCCCAUGGCCUCCAAAGCUGCAAGCCACAGCCUUCAUUUCUUCAGUGAACGUCUUCAACAACCAGGACAUCACCAAAGACAAGCUCAGUGGGAGCAAGCCCCGGUUGGGGCCACCCCUUCCACCCCCUAGAGGUGUAGACUCCCCAGCUUGGAGAAAGGAUGCCCCCCACUCAUGUCCUCUGCCUGGCCCAGGGACCUGGAGAUGCAACGUAAAAGAGGAGGAAGAGGAGGAGGAUAAAUAUGAGUUGCCCCCCUGUGAGGCUCUGCCCCUCAGUCUGGCCCCUGCCCACCUUCCUGGCGUGGAAGAGGACUCUUUGUACUUGGAUCACCCCCUGAGCCCAUCCAAGUCACCACUACCGCAGCCUGAGCCCGAGAUGCUGAAGGCAGCACUGAGCCUGCAGGAGGCCGUGAAGCAGGGCUGGCCCGUGGGGAGGAGAGAGCUGGGCGCACCGGCCAGAGUGGUGCCAGGCCCUCCAAAGAAACCUGAUGAGGACGUCUACCUGGAGUGUGAGCCCGAUGCAGUCUCAGCCUUGACUCAGACUCUGAGCUCCCAAGUCCUGACGCCCCCAGUCCCUCUACCUAGGACAUCAGUGGUGCCCAGGCCCACUCCAGCCCCCCAGGAAGCUCGGAAUGGAGCAGCGAAUGCCGCCUCUAAAGCAGGAAGGAGAGCCUCUCUUUCCUCUGUAGCCCCCACCUGGAGCACCUCAGCUGCUGAGGACGGCAGCCUGCUGGGUCAGCCUUGGUACUCGGGGAACUGUGACCGUCAUGCUGUUGAGAGUGCCCUGCUCCGAUUCCAAAAGGACGGGGCCUACACCGUGCGCCCCAGCUCAGGGCCUCAUGGCUCCCAGCCCUUCACCCUGGCAGUGCAUCUCCACGGUCGGGUCUUCAACAUUCCCAUCCGGCAGCUGGAUGGUGGGCGCCACUAUGCCCUGGGCCGGGAGGGCAAGAACCACGAGGAGCUCUUCUCCUCUGUGGCCGCCAUUAUCCAGCACUACAUGCAGCAGCCCCUGCCCCUCGUGGACAGACACAGCGGCAGCCGGCAGCUCACCUGCCUGCUCUUCCCCACCAAGCCCUGACACCACAGCGGAAGUACACACCCACCUCUGGCCCCAUAGUUUGCUCCUUGCCCCGUUUACCUUGGGCUGUCUCCCAGGUCUCCACCCCUCCAGGCCCUCCCUGUCCCUUGCCCCAGUCCCUGCAGGCCCUGAUGAGAGGCAUCGGGAAAGGUUGCCCAGAAACAGAAAGGGCCUCGGAGAUCCCACCCCAUGUUCACCCCGAGCCUGGCAGUGCCACUCGCUGCUGCAUCUCCAAGGCUGGGGAGCAGGGGUCAGGCAGGGCCCCCAUUCCCAGCCCCCAGGAAUGGCUGUGUCUGCCCAUUUACUAGGGCCUCCCAAGCUGCUCUGGAUGAAGUCCUCUUCCGGGAAGCUGAGCCUCAGGGGAACAGCACAGGCACUGCUUGGACACAAAGAGAAUCCUCUCACAUCCUCUUGGUAGCAUAACACACAGCUAGCAUCUGGGAAGGACUUGGUCGCCCUGCACAAAGUUCGCUUUCAAUAAAUAUUUGUUGACUGAAUUCUUGAAUCUGCUGAGCAAAGCAGAAAUGGCCUCCAUGAGGCUCCAAGGCG